UUCCGCACCUUUCUCAAAUUCAUGUGGCCAUUCGACGAUGCCCUCCUACAGCUACGAUUCAUUCUGACGUUGUUCUUUGUUAUAGAGGGACGCUUCAUCAGUGUCUACAAGCCGCUGCAGACUGCCAUUCUUCUCGACGCUCUCGCUUCGGAUGCCGAUCCAUGACGUCCCCUUGUGGUUGUAAUAACCAUCAACGUGGCCGACACUGUCUCCUAUUUUGUUCAACUGCUAUGGAUUGACGUCAGUCUUCAGCGCGCCUCAAAGCUCAAAGUCGAGGUCCAGUCCAAAAUUAUGAGCUUGGACUCCUCCUUUCACUCGCAAGCCCAACCGACAGACGUGAUCAAGGCUGUCGACAAUGCAGGCAGUGUUGACACACUACUCGACUUUCUCAUCUUUCAACUCGGGCCGAAUUUGGUGACCUUCAUCGUCGCCAUAGUUCAACUGUUCCACCAGUAUGGGCUGUACGUGAUGCUCAUCUGUACGCACACAGCAGCCUACUACUGUAUCGUCGAAAAACGAUAUGUGACAGUGGCUACCACAGAAUACGACAAGUGCAACACGCUCCGAGACGUACAGGAGCGUCAUCGUCAGGAUAGCAGUACUGUGUCCAAUCACAACAAAGUCAAGUACGAGACCGAUCUUUUCAGCUCCGAGGUGGGGUCCUGGAUGUCACAACGGCGGCGAUAUCGGAUGAAAUGCUAUGGUUUUGGUGCCACACAGUCUGUCAUACUCUCCCUUGGGUUAUUUUUUACUUGCUAUACGUUUGUCGUAUACAAAAUUGACUCCAGAGAGGGCCUUGUCGGUGAUCUGGUUGCAUUCACUGGCCUUUGGGCUCUCCUUUUAGGCCCUAUCGACUACUUCACGUCUGUCGUUUCAGACACAAUUCAGGAGCUCUUUGACGCCGCUCGCUUGAGAAGAAUCUUAGAAAGGGAGCCAUCCAUACCGAAUGGGGAUCAAAACCUGAAGCGUAAAACAGGAAAGAUAGAGUUCCGGGAGGUCUCUUUUUCCUAUCCGGGGCCGGAGCGGCUGAUCAUCGACCAUCUGAGCACCGUGAUCGAAGGGGGCUCAACAGUUGCUUUUGUUGGGCAAAGCGGCGCAGGGAAGCCUACGAUCUGUAACCUCCUGAUGCGGAACCUCGUUCCCACCCCGGGUACCAUUCUCAUCGAUGACCAAGAUAUCACGACGCUCAAGAAAGACUCCCUACUUUGUGAUGACUGACCGAGCAGCGUUUCUAUGGAUUGGCUUUGCGUUGUGGGCUUUUGGGCCUAUCCCUGGUCCGCCGAGCCAGCCGGACCAAAAGGUGUGGCAGGUCCUUCGUGAUCCAGCAUUUCACGAAAGAAUCGGGCUUUUUGCGAUAGAUGAGCUGCAUGUUGUCGGCGGUGGCGAGAAUUCCGACCGGACUUCACAUAUAUACACACUCUCAGAGCACUGUUGCCACGGUGCGUACCCUGGUUCAGUUGUACGGCGACCCUGGAUA